AUGAUACCACCCAAGCUACCGAUUUUUAUCUGCCAUCUGGGGAGGGCUCCCCGAGGCUUCCCAGAUGCUGCACUGGAAAGCGCGGACCCCAGCCCGCCCUCCCCAGCCCAGAGCGAGGCUGGGUGCCCCGGGCAAGAGCCAGACCGUGUGCCAGCGCCGGGCGGCCGCGCCAGGGAUGCCGCUUCCUCCGGGCCUGGCACUGCCGGCCCAUUCAUCGUCCCCGGCCGGGCGCCCUCGCGCCGGGUCCGCGCGGCCAGCCAGGAAAACGGCGCUCCCCGGCCCCGCCGCCAGGGGGAGCAGGGAGUCGCCUGCCACCCCUCCGGGAAGUUGCCACCGCGGCCCGCCGGGCGUCUGGCCCUGGACGGUCCAGGUCCCCGCACGGCGGGCCACCCCACCUCCGCGGCCCCGGGCCCGCCCCGCCCCGUCGGCGCCGAUCGGCUCAGCAGAGCCGGGGCCGCAGCCCGAAGUGGGCGCGCUCAGCCCCGGCCCCCAUUCAAUCCCGCCCCCUCUCCCCGCCGGCCUCCGCCGCCUUCCGCCACCACCCCCCCACCCCAGCCCGGCCCGGACUCCAGCCCGGCAACGUCAUCCGGCCGCUUCCCGAAGCUUAACCCCUUCCUCUGCCAGCUGCGCGCCGCCCCGCCCCGCCGCCAACUUUCUUCGCCCAACUUCGGAGCUCGCGGGCCGGCCCGACGGCCAGGCGGAGACGGAGGGAGGGAGGGAGCGGCGGCCACGUCGCGCCGCGGGGCCGCGGCCGGGCCCGCCGACGGCGAGGACGUGGUGUUCACACCGCGGGCGCUCUCGGCCGACGCCCCCUGGCAUGGGGUUCGGGCCCGGCACACGCCACCCCCCCAACCCCGGGGCCCACCGGGACACCCCCAUCUCGCCCAGGUCCGCGACCGCGGCGACGGCGGGCGGCACCGCCGCCGGGGGAGGGGCCGCCAAGGAGACGUGUCACUCCCGGCGCGGCCCGGCCCGGCCCGGCCCGGCCCCGGCGCCCCGACGGCCCAUCCCACGCGCCGCCGCCGCCGCCGCUGCAGGGCCCGGCCAAGUUUCUUACCUGCAGCCGGAGACGCGGGAGGGAGAGCGAGAGGGCAGGAGCCGCCGCCGCCGCCGCGGAAGCGGGAGAGAGAGGAGCCGGCCAAGCCUCCGCCGAGAAGCCGCCCCCUAAGCAGCUGCAGGCGCCUCGAUCCCGACGCUGCCCGCCCCGUCCGCCGUCCGCUCCGGCCGCUCGCUGGCUGCCCAUUCAUCGAGCCGCCUUUCUCCAUUGGCUCGCACCCCGCCACUCCGCCGGCCGCUGGCCAGUCAGAGCGCCGGCGGCCGAGCCGCGGCGGCGCCCAUUGGGCUGGGAGGCGGGCCUCCACCUCGGCCAAUGGGAGAGGGGAGGAGCUGCGAGGGCGGGGCCGGGGAGGGGGCCCCGGCCGGCCCCGCCCACUCCGGGCGCCUGCUCCGCGCGCGGGCGCCGACCCGGGCCAGGCUCUGGGCCGGCGGGGCGGCGGAGGUUCGAAUCCAGGCGGCGCUCCGCCCGCGCCCCUGGCCCGCUCCGGGCUGAUGUGGCGAAAAUUUCACCGUGGCCUUGGCAAGGCUCGCGCCAACACCAAGACGUUAAAGAGAGCCCACGAUGAGAGCCAGGAGGAACAAAGGCCAGGCCACCCAGAUACACUGACCUUCAGCGCCGAGUUCCAGGCACCCUUGGUGAGUACCAGGACAAUGAGGGAGAUGUGA